GGAGACACAUACCGCCUGCCUGCUGCCUGCAGCAUUUGUGCCUGAGCUCCAGGCUCUGCUGUCCCCUCCGCUCCUUCCCCCCGCUUGCAGCUCUCCAUCAGAGGGAACACUGACAUCCUCUCUCCCCUGACUGCCUCCACAGCUCCACAGCUCUGCGGUGCAGACGCUCGCUCUCUCUGAGUGAGUUUUUUUCCUCUCCUCUGCCUGGUCUAGCUCUCAGGCUGUGGGAUUAGGUGGAUAAUCAGUGUGUCGGCGAGCAAGAGUGAGGGACUGAAGCAAAGAGAGAGAGAGAAAGCCUGGAUCAGGUGCAGCAGCCUUGACUUCGUCUGUCUCUUUCUGUUACUCUCUCUUUCAGUCUGUUUUCUGCCUGGCACAUACAGAAGGGUAGACAGAACUCAUAAUCCAGCAAUUAGCCUUCCUUCACCCUCUUUCUCCUUCUCUGGGACUCAUCGCAAAGGAGGAGAGAAGAGGAGGGAGACACUCAUCGCAGGACUUUGCAGAGUGACAAGUCGUGUUUUCUUAUUUGCUCGCUCUGCGUCCUACUUCGCCCUACCCCUCCCCUCUAUCCCACCCGCACCCCUGCUUGCUCCAGCCAACACACACCCACACACCCAAGAGUGCGUAUCCAGGGGCAGACAGACAGAUAAACAGACGGACGGACAGACAGAUUGCCAGACGGACGCAGUAGGAUAUGGAGUCCAAAGGAAGCGUCAGGUUCUCUAUGUCCAGGUGUUUGAGCUCAGGAGACACCGUCCACGCCAGUGUUGUCAUCACACUUCUGCUCGGGGUAUGGUGUGCUUCGGCGCUGGAGGUGUCAGUGGGGAAGGUGCCCUUCAUGGAGGCGAUGAACGGCAGCACGGUGCUGUUACCCUGCACCUACUCCAGCUGCAUCGGCAUCAAGAACCUCUACUUCAACUGGCAAUACAACGACAACGGCACCUUGAUGAAGCUGUGUGAGGCAGUGAUCCCUGUAGAAGGCGUGGAACCACGGGUGCAGGUGUACCACGAGCGGAUAGAGUUUGUGGGCAGCAGUAAGCACAACAACAUCUCCAUCCUGCUGUUCAACGUGACCUUCGAGGACGAGGGAGAGUACACCUGUUUCGCCCGGAAUCCCAAGGAGAAGCAUCGCAACCAUAGCGCCAUCUUCACCCUGUUCGUGGUAGAUGAGUUGAAAGUGGUUGACAAUACCGUAACCACCAUCAUCGUGUCUGUCGUGGGCGGAGUCAUUGGCUUGAUCAUCGUUGUCAUGGUGACAAAGACUGUGGUGCUCCUCAUCCUAAAAAAGUCUGCGGAGAAGAAUAAAGAGUGCCUUGUGAGCUCAGGACAGGACAACACAGACAAUGGACUCAACGCAGCCAAAGCGGACAACAAAGCCACACCGAAGGCAUGAAACAUAUACACCACCAUUUAUGUCUGUACAUGUCUGUAUAUUGCACAGACAUAGAAAGAAAGCUAUUAUCAAUGAACUGUUUUAUCUUUAUCUAAUGACACAAGUAUGACAUGAACCAAUGUGAAAUCAUAUGUCAUAUGAGUAUUUUAAAUUGCGCUUGAGAUUUGGGGAACAUGAUAGGUGAUCAGGGCUGGAUCAGACACACUCCAAUGACACACCUUAUAUAUUGUGUAUUCAGAUUGGGGUUUAUUGCGGCAUUUAUCUGAAUCAGCUCAACGUCUAUUUACUGGACAAGCAUUUCUGGAAUCCACAUCGACGUCUCACCAGUUACUCAUUCAUGUACACGACGUAAAAACAGCAGAUUGACGUCCUGGGGGCCCAGCUGAGCAUUUUCCGCUAGAUUCAAGGUUAGGGUUAGACAUAAGGUUAACAGUGUAAUUAAGGUCAGGGUUAAGGUUAGGUUUAAACC